AUGUCCUGGCCCAGGGUAUCUUUUGAACCACCGAACCGAUUGCUCAUAUACUCAACCGAAGAAAUGGAAAACUAUCCGACGGUAAUAGUGAAACAUGUGUCGGCCAACAAAAAUUCGAUCAACGCGGGCUAUGGCCAAGACAAUGUUGAUUAUUCUAAAAAGGCUUACAACUUUGGCCAAAUAAAUAACAAGUUGUCGGUAAUAGUCAAGCACGAAACGUUGCGCAACACCGUCGAGAACUUACCUUGCGCCGUCGGAGAAAUAAACAACAAACUUGCGGUCAUAGUAAAACACGAAACGUUGCCCCAAAACGAUUCGGCCAAAGUGGACAACCGCCAAACGAUUCCUAUUCGCGAUAACACUUACAACGACGCCCGCGGUAUCGAGGCUAGCAAGUUUCUGUUAACUUGCUCGGUGUGCAACAAGCGUUUCAAUUGCCUGUCGGCGUUCGGCAAACACAAGCAUGUACACACCCACAAAGCCCUGCACGAGUGCCCGGUCUGCCCCAAGAUGUUCACCAGGGCGGCCCAUCUGGCCACGCACCACAGGCUGUUCCACGCCGACCAGCGGCCGUACAAGUGCCGGCUGUGCGGCAAACACUUUCUGACCGCGCCCGGCCGGAACUCGCACGUCACCAGGAUCCACGGCACGCACAACCCGUACCCGUGCCACGUCUGCUACGAACAGUUCACCGAGCCGGCCUGCCUGGUCGAACACCUGAUGAACGCGCACGGCCUGAAGAAAAUACACCAGUGCCACGUGUGCUGCAAGAUCUACACCACGGCGUCCAGUCUCCACAAACACUUGACGUGCCACUCGGUAGCCCUGAAGCACGCGUGCACGCUUUGCCCGAACAGCUUUGCCACGGCCAGGAUUCUCGGAUCGCACCUGAAGACACAGCACGGCCGAACUGACGCGACGCCAUAA